GCUUACGUCUGGAAUGCCAACAUUUAUUUGAAACCCAACAGCACUGCUAAAGCAAUGCAAGUGAUCCAUAAUGGAGAGGAUCAUCAGAUUGUUAACGGUGCCCCUGACUGGGCAUAUGAGGGUGAGUACUGAGUAACAUUGACCCAUUUUAGAGGGAAGGGACGAGGUGGGUUUCAUCACACACAAGGCUUUUGAGUAACUUGAUUUCUUCCACUUUUUUCAGAGGAGGUUUUCUCAUCGAAUGAGGCAAUAUGGUGGUCACCAACUGGAAAGUAUCUGGCUGGGUUUAAUGACACAGAGGUCCACACGAUCGAGAACUCUUUGUAUGGAUAUGAACAAUACCCCAGAACAGUGGUUGUCCCAUACCCUAAGGUGGGAUGUUGUAAUAUGUGCCCUUUUUAAAGCAUGGUAUGAAUGAGAGAUAUACCACAGAUAGCAGGUAAUAGGUAAAAUAUAUACCAUGAUCACACAUUAUGUGUGUGUUGUACAUUGUACACAGUAAAUACAGUAUGUGAAUUAUAUGUUUUGUACCCUGAAAGAAUGCUCAUCAUUUUUGUUAUUCAUGUUAUCUCCUAUCUUCUGGCUCAACAAAUUCUAAGGCAAAGCUGUUUGUGGUGGACACAGGUGGUGGUGCCAGAUUCCAUUGGUGCAGGGUACAGUAUCAUGUCAUACUUUCAUAUACAUUGAUUUCGGUUGAAAUAGUAAAGUAUCAUCAUAGCUAUUCACAUGUAAAAAGUGUGAUAUAAACCGGUCGCUUUGUGUUGUUUUUCUCCCAGUGAUCACUAUUUGAGAUCAGUCACAUGGAUGACGGAUGAGAUGUUCAGUGGACCAAGAGGAAGCAGAACCAUGUCCUUUUACAGAUGUAUGACUUUGACGGAAACAACUGGAAUGAGAACCAGGUAGUUGUCACCUCACCCCAGACUCUGUGGGUGGGCUCCUUGGUAAACAACAGCACUCAGAGAACAGAGAACCAUGUGUUUUCCAACAUUAACACCAGGAAUGUUGCUGUGUGA